GCCACUCAGCCUCCGCCAUCCAAUGGAAAAGUUGGUGUGAACGGGACGCUCCGGCGGGUGGGCUCUGUGGGGACGACGCGGUUCGGGUCCAGGUGAGCCAUGAGGAGAGUGUUCUGAGAUCCCCCCCCUCAUUCUGCCCUCAAAGUUCAUACCCUGUCCAUCAACUUCUUCUUGUUUGCAUCCCUCUGUCCAUCAUGGCUUCCACUGCUUUGCUGCUGCUGGUCCUCUCCUCCUCUUUCUCCCUCACAGUGGCCGUCUUGUUCGGUGAGCCCAGAAUAUUCGGAGAGGAUGCUACUGGUUAUGGCCCCAUAUUUGAAGAGGAGCCUGUGGAUGUGGUCUACAUUGAAGACUCACCCGAUGGGAGGAUCUCCAUGAACUGCAGGGCACGAGCAAACCCACCAGCUUCAUACAGGUGGCGCCGUGAUAACUGGGAAAUCAAGCUGAUGGAACAGCCAGACGAACACUACAGCCUGGUGGGAGGGAACCUGGUUAUUACCAACCCGCUACAGAAAAAACAUGCUGGGACGUACAUCUGUGUGGCCAAGAAUAUCUACGGCACCGUCAUCAGCAAGGAGGCCAGGGUCAAGUUUGGAUUUAUCGGUGAGUUUCCUGAUGAGGAAAGAGACCCAGUGUACGUCAAAGAAGGACAAGGGGCAGUUCUGUUGUGUGCGCCUCCGAAAGCCUGGCCACAGGAGGUGACCUACCGCUGGAUCUACAAUGAGUUUCCAGUAUUCCUGCACACCGACCGCCGUCGUUUUGUCUCCCAGAAAACGGGGAAUCUGUACAUCUCCAAAGUGGAGGCUCAGGAUGCAGGAAACUACUCCUGCUUCGUUUCUAGUCCCGUCUUAGGGAAGAGCGUCUUCUCCAAGUUCAUCCCUCUCAUCCCCUCACCUCCUGAUGAUGGUGAAGAGAGAAAGUACCCAGCAGACAUCAGGGUGAAGUUUCCAGACACCACUGCCAUGCUGGCCUCAAAUAUUACAUUGGAGUGCUUCGCUCUUGGAAAUCCCAUCCCUCAUAUUGUGUGGAGGAAGGUGGAUGCCACAGACCUCCCAGCGAAUCACGAAAUCAGUGAAUCUGGAGCUGUUCUGCAUCUGUACAACAUUCAGUAUGAAGACGUGGGAGGGUAUGAGUGUGAAGCCAUCAACACCAAAGGAAAGGACUGGCACAAGGCCUGGCUCUAUGUGGAGUCUGCUCCAGAGUGGGCAGAAACCAUCAACAACACUCAGAUCGACAUUGGCUCAGAGCACACCAUGCGCUGUGUGGCAUCAGGGAAACCUUUUCCUUUCAUCCGCUGGUACAAAGACGGGUACAUGUAUGGAAAAGGUGAGCUGAAGUUUUCCAGUCUCACUUUUGACGACUCAGGGAUGUACCAGUGUGUCGCUGAGAACUACUGGGGCAUAAAAUAUGCCAACGCUGAGCUGCGAGUGAUCGCUUGUGCUCCAACAUUCGAGUUCAAGCCUGUGAAGAAGCAGCUGCUGGGAGCUAAAGACGGACGUGUGGUGAUCGAAUGUAAACCCAGAGCGGCUCCGAGACCUCGAUUCACCUGGACAAAGGGCAAAGAGCUCCUCUUUAACAAUUCACGCAUUUCCAUCAUGUUCGAUGGGAGUCUGGAGAUCCUCAAUGCCACCAAAAAUGAUGAAGGCUUUUACAAUUGCUUUGCGGAGAAUGACAGAGGAAAAGCCAACAGCUCUGGUUAUCUCACCAUCACAGAGGCCACCAGCCUUACAGUUGCACCUGAAGACACUGAGGUUCAGGUUGGUGAAGAGACCAUUUUGAGGUGUGCUGCUUCAUUUGACCCCAUGCUGGACAUCACAUUCAUCUGGGCGAUAGACUUCAGAGUCAUUGACUUUGAUGCUGAGUGGCAACACUACGAACGUGUCAUGGAUGAAGAUGGCACUGGUGACUUGAGAAUAAAGAACGCCCAGAUAUGGCACGAAGGUCGCUAUACCUGCACAGCUCAGACCGUGGUGGACAACGACACCGCCUACGCUGACCUCAAAGUCGUAGGUGUUCCAGGACCUCCCGGUGUUAUCCGGAUAGAGGAGAUUGGUGACACAUGGGUGAAACUGCUGUGGUCUAAAGGAUCAGAGCACAACAGCCCCAUCCUAUACUACACCAUUCAGACCAGGCACUACUGGGCUCUGUAUGAAGAUGACUGGAGAAACGCCAGCACCUCUCCAACCUUCCUUGAUGGCACUAUGGAGCGGGCAGAGGUAACGGAUCUAUACCCCUGGAUGGAAUAUCAGUUUAGGAUCAUUGCUACCAAUGAGUAUGGCUCUGGAGAGGCCAGCAUCCCUUCCCUCAAGAUUAAAACCUGGGAUGCUGCUCCGGUGGUUUCUCCCACUGAUGUGGCAGGUUAUGGAGGAAGAAAUGGCGAGAUCGUUAUCACAUGGACACCUGUGCAGCCGUGGUAUUUCUAUGGCAAGAAGUUUGGCUACAUCGUGGCAUUCAAGCCCCAUGACGCCUACGACUGGUGGUACGAAACCAUCUCAGACCCCGAGACGAGACGAUACGUCCACAGAGACUCGUACUUCAUUCCCACUGAUGAGGACUUCCAGGUGCGAGAGUUUCAGGUGAAGAUCAAGUGUUUUAAUUUGAAAGGAGACGGACCCUACAGCUACACCAAGGUCAUCUACUACCCACGAGAUGUACCGACAGAAUCUCCGACAGACGUCUAUGCUCGGCCGGUUUCAUCCACUGAAGCUCUGGUGUGGUGGCUGCCGGUGGUCGACACUGGAACAGGCCUGCAGCAGUACAUUGAGGGAUACCAGGUCAAAUACUGGAGAAAGUAUGAUGAUCCAGAGCCAGGAGCCAAUCGUAUCUUUGUUCCAGCUACAGUCAAUCAAACCCGGCUGGAGAACAUGCUGCCAGACUCACACUACCUCAUUGAGGUCCGUGCCUUCAACGGAGCAGGCCUUGGACCUCCGGGUGAACACUGUGAGAUGUUCACAAAGAGACCACCACCACCAGAUCCUCCCAGGAUGUGGCGCUACAUCAGCUGGACAGGAAAGUGGUUGUAUGUGUGGUGGGAUCACAUCUCGUACGACAUCUUUGGCAAUAUUUCUUUCCCCCUCUACUACAAGGUCAUGUUCAGAAAGACGGGCUACAUCUACGGGAAGGUCUACAUCACCGGUUGGCACUUCAUGGACUUCCCCAUGCCUCAGGUUGGAGACUAUGAGCUGAUGGUUCGCGGCCGCUAUGAAGGAGGAGAUGGUCCAGUCAGGAAGAUCAGGAUUCAGGGUAAAGCAUCGAUGAUCACACCCACUUUAAGCCUUGUGUCAUUGGUGCUGCUGGCGCUGUGCAUUAUGGGAUUGGAGAUUUAAUUCUGCCACAAGUGUAUAUAAUAGACUCUGGGAGGCAAAUACGUGGACUUAAUAGCAGAUCCAGUCAUCAAACGGUCUUUACACUGAUAGUCACAGGUUAAGAUCCUACAUCAUGCAUCUCAUUUAUUCUGAUGUAACACCACACUGGAAGCUGUUGUUUCUCAAAUAUGAAGUGGAAACUUUUUAUAUAUCACUUACUGCAUUAGAAGAACAGCAAGGAUACAUGCGGUAAAAUAUCAUAUUUGAGUAGAUCCAAAAUAUCUGUGAUGAAUUCAGACGUUUUAUUCAACUUAGCCCAAAAUACAUGAAGACAGAUGGUGAUUGUUGGCUGAUAAUACUGCACCUAAUUCUUUCCGCACACUGUUCAGAUGGAAAUAAAUACACAUAGGAAAGUCUUUUAAGUUGCGUUUGUCAAACAGCUCUGUCACUGCAAUGCAAUAUGCCCUGUGCUACUUCCAUCUUUUAUUUGCAUCUUUUUUUAAAGUGUUAUUUGUAGCAAACACUAGCUGUCACUCUCAGAUGGUCGAACCAGUGAAUAUUAUAUAAAGACUGUAAUAAGCAAUGUAUUUUGUUUGGAGCAAGAAAAUGCAUUUUAUGAAGAUAUAAUGCCAAAAAUCUGUCAUUUUUUAAAAUUUAAAUAAGGUUAUUUUGCAAUCAUUGGGCCACUGUUGUAGACUGUAAAAGGUUAUUUUAUAUUUCCCAAAAUGUGUUUGGUCAAUAUUUAUUCAAGGGUGCUUUUUAUUUUGAAUAUUUUACACUUGAAUCAAAAUAGAGAAUAUUAAAAAUCGGUUCAACAAGGGAAAUUAUGUCACUUUGGCAUUUUCCCUGGACACCGAUGAUGAUUUUUGACUGUGAAUGGUUAUAUUUGAAUGAACUGUGAGGUCUGGGUUGGACAGAAACUACUGUAUAUCACAUGUAUCUGUAUGCUACUUUCCUUUAUGUCAAGCUGCAAUACCAUAAAACUAAAUACAACAAUAGAAAACCA